AUGGGCGAUAACAAUGAACAAAUCAGCCUCACAGAUGUCGUGGUGGCUCAGCCAACUGUGGCAGAGCAGAAUGAGCUUAUUGCGCAGUUGAUGCAGCAAAUAGCUGACAUGAGGGUAGAGAUGCAACGGAGGCAAGACACCCCUCCGCUCGGAUUCGGCCCCAACUUUCUCGACGCAAGACCCCCUACAUACUUCCCCUCGUCCAGCUCGGAUCCUACUCAGCAACGUCCACCGACACCCGUGCACAACCCGUCUGGGGUAGACAUGACAACCCAAAACCCCCAAUACGCGUCGGUCUCCUAUCAAACUCCCUCCCCACUUCCAAACAAUCCUCCACAAAUGCCACCACAUCCCCAAAAUACUCAAGCAGCCCCACUACCCCAAAAUCAAACCCAAAAUCCCACUGCCUUCAAUUCCCAAACACCACACCCCCACUUAAACCAAAAUACCAAUCCCCAAAAUUAUCCGCAAAACUAUCAAACCGCACAGAAUGUCCCAAGCCCUUCCAUAGCUGCACCCCUCCCCAAAAGAACUACUUUCCAAGUCCCUGUCCCGACCUAG